UAAAAAUAUUCCAGAAGAGCAAUCUCCUUUGUCAUCCCCAGUAAGGGCAGGUCUGAAUAUAAUGCAUUCUUACAGUCUGCAUUUUGUAUUAUAAACUUACUGACCCUUUUGUGCUGAGCAAAAGUAACCGCUGUUCACGUUAGGGUCCCAAGAGCAUGGGGUGUCCUCCAAAAGUUGAAAGAAAUAUUAACAAGCUGGUUAAAUGAUUAGACGUUUCUGAUUUUCUGCUAAUGGCAAAUUAUGGGUGAAAAUCGGUCUUGAUUAGCAUGCCCUGUGUGUGUAAUGCAUCACUGGCUAGUUUUGAGCAAGACAGCAUGUGCAGCCUUCACUUAAGAUGCGUCGCAAUCAGCUCCCUGGUUAAGAAGUCAGGGCACUGAUCAGGGCGUCCAGUGCACUGGAACAUUCGCUCUCUUAAAAAGAAGAAGAAAAAAAAAACAAAAAACCCACAGUGCACCACAAAAACCAGGGAGAAUCGAUGCUCACUACGUUCCCUCACUGGAAAUGAUGUCAUGUUUUCUGAAGCCUCUCCGCUGGAGGAAAAAAAUGCCGGACGAACUCUCAGUCAACUUCGUCUACAAAUAUAAAGACACACAGAGUUCAGACUCAUCACAACACACAUCAAUCGGGGUCAUUUUUUUUGGUACGUUGGCGAAGGACUUUUCACAGACUGUCAGUCAAGGGGACAUUGUCUUAUUGUCUGGCUUCACCAUCAGCAAGUCCCCUACUGAACAGACUGACGAACUGCAUCCGUGUCUUUUGGAGAUGAGUAGCACUGAUGCCUGUGUGUAUGUGUAUUCAUCUAAUGUUGUCGUCUCCAGUCUGCCUGCUGUUGUCAGCUCAGAGUCCAGGUACACAUAUGUCCCUUUAAAUGAACUGAAACCCAGCAGAAUAGUGAAUGUGUAUGGCGUGGUGACCUUCUUCAAACAGCCUUUUCCCACCAAAGGCACAGAUUACUGCUCUACACUGAAGAUCACAGACAAGUCAAAUGUUAAAGUGAGCUGCACCAUUUUCAGUGAAAGGCUCGAGGACCAUCCUAAAAUCUUCAGAAUCGGAGACAUCAUUCGUCUUCACAGAGUGAAGGCUCAGAUGUUCAACGGAUCCAUGACUCUACUGACCACGUUAGGCUGGUCUACCAUCACAUUUGAUGGGAUGAUUGACAGCCCUAUUGAGCCACGAACAUCAAGUAGGACCUUUCAUUUUGGUGAAGCCGAUAAACAUGCAGUGCAGGAGCUGCGUCAGUGGGCAGCAAGCCAACUUCUAGCCAAUGAGUCCACUGUCCCCCUGUCCUCGGUACACCCCAAGAUGUUUUUUGAUUUGACCUGCCAGCUGCUAGCUAAAGCCAGAAUGGAUACCAGGUGCAUGCUACUUAAGGUCUGGGAUGGGACAAAAUGUGCGCACCCUCUGCUUAACGUGGCCGUGGCUCCAGAUGCUUUAGAGGGUCAGUCCAGUCCCUCUCAAGAUCGAGAGAACAUGAUCGCUAACGUUCUGGUCUACGACAACCAUGUGGAGGGAGCCAGUAAGUUGAAGCCUGGCAUGUUUCUGCGCCUAUUCAAUCUUCAUGCUGUGACCCAAAGAGCUCCUGAGCAAUCUGCUGACUGUGCCAGCUCCCUCUGCUUCCACCUGCAUGGCGGCACUUCAUACGGUAAAGGUCUGUGUGUGCUACCCUCAGAGAGCCCCGAGCUCCAGCCGCUCAAGAGAUUGUUGGAGGGUCAUGUAGCUGUAGCUGGUGAAGAUGAGGUGAAUGAUGCCACUCUUGUAGAUGUUUGGUAUACUCCUCCCGAGGCUCUUGGUCAAUUCCAACCUCUACACAUCAGAGCUGAACCCAGUGAAGUGGUCAAUGAAGAUUUUUAUACAGUUCGGACAUGCGGACACACGCUGCAGAAGGUAUCUCUUGCUCAUGUGAAGAGCUCGACUGCACCUGUGGUUUGUCACGUUCGCGCCAAGGUGAAAUCUUACCAACCACAGAACCUGUACCAGUGCCUCAAACUCUUCUGUCCGCAAUGUACGACACUAAUGGAGGUCCCCAAUGAUGAGAUUAUAGCUCGGGUAUUCCAGGAUGCUUUGAGAGUCAAUCAACCGUGCGGUGAGCAUUGGGCAGUCACCUCUUCAGUGGACUCCAUUAGGAUGCACGUGUCCUGUGAGAUGGUCCUGAGCAACACACACACACAGCUGCUGUUUCUCCAGGGUGUUACACUGGAGGAAAUGUCUGUGAUAUCUGCUGCUCAUAGCAACGUGGUCCCUGUGUGCUCGGAUGACGAGAGAAUGAGACUGCUGGAUUUCUCAGCCCCAUUCCUCUUCAGAAGAGACAAGAGAUAUUUCGGGUGUAAACGGUGCUCUCGGUCCACAUUUGUGGAGCCUGAGGUUUCUGGAGUAGAGAUAUGGGAUGAGCAUAAUGUGGCCAAAGCUCUUGGCGUGCAGCUGAUGCAGUAUGCUUUGCUGAUGAAAUUUGAGCUAGAGGAUGAGACGGGCACACUUGAAGCUUUAAUUUGGGAGGAUGCUGAGAGAUUCUUCCAGGUCACGGCUGCUGACACAUCAGCUUGUCAGGAUUCACAGGAUAAAGUUCAGAUCACCAUGGAUAGGCUUCAUCCACCAGGGAGCAGCAUGGCAGAGCGCCCGUGGUUGGACCUCUGCCUUAGUGCCUACACUGUAGAAGAGAACAGCAGCAAUCAAGUGUGCUACCAGAUCACUAACACAGAAGCAAGAGGCAAUUUCUACACUCCACAGUGAGGCCAGCUUUUCUUUGUAUGAAGAAUGCUAUGAAAAAACUACAGUACUGCACCUUUGGAUUGAACACACUUCAGUUAGAAAUUUGACAAACUAAAAGUGAGAUUAGCAAAAUGUAUUUUUAUACAAAAUAUUUUGUGUAUUUAAAAAAAAAUAGUGUAUGAUGUACAUUGUUUUCCAUUAAUAAAGUGAUUUUUUAUUUAUUUAUAAUUUUCAGCUAUAUGACCUAGCUGUGUUUUAUUGCAGUUUGGGAAUAAGGUCUAGCAUAUAAUGUAUGGCCUACCUGCACUGAUACAGAUCAUUAUGAGGCAUUCAUCUGAAUAUAGACAGAGUCAAAUAAAAAUGCUUGCUUUUUAAACUCCUAGCUGCCUUCAAUCCAUAAAAUUACCUUUUAUGAACAAUUCCUACUGCCUCUUCACCAUUCUCCUCCAAAAUGUAUAUAUCAUCACCUGGCUUUUAGGUGCCAGUUAUACACGAGAAAUGUAAAGCAAAUGCAUGCUGGCAAAAAGAAAACGUUUUGCAGCAUUCAGAAACAAGUGUUUAAUUUAUGGACAAACUGAAAAUGUCCACCUCACUGCUUUCUACAUUACUUCUUUUUUGAGAUACUUUUCUCCUUUGGUUCAGUUUUUCCCCUGAGUUCAGUUUUUUUCUUCUUUUUGACAAUACUGAUGGGUAAAGAGAGAAGCUUGGUUAGAGA